UCUUUCACAUUCUCACAAGACCAAGUUGCUUGCGUCUGCGAAGUUCUCCAAAACAGCGGGAACUUCGAAAGGUUAUCCAGGUUCCUGUGGUCUCUGCCAAGUUGCGACCAGCUACACAAACAAGAAAGCGUCUUGGUGGCGAAAGCUUUCGUGUACUUUCACAACGGGAAUUACAAUGAUCUUUACAGACUACUUGAGAACAGCACAUUUUCAACGCAGAACCACACAAAGCUGCAAAACCUCUGGUUGAAGGCGCACUACACGGAGGCAGAGAAGCUGAGGGGUCGACCGCUGGGAGCAGUAGGGAAGUACCGGAUCAGAAGAAAGUAUCCCCUUCCGGCUAACAUUUGGGACGGUGAGGAAACUAGCUACUGCUUCAAAGAAAAGUCGAGGUCAAUAUUGAAAGAUUGCUACAAGAAAAAUCCCUACCCGUCACCACGAGAGAAGAAGAAUCUGGCGGAGAACACUGGACUGACGACGACGCAAGUUAGCAACUGGUUCAAGAACAGGAGGCAAAGAGACAGGGCCAAUGAGGCAAAAGAAAAG